AUGUCUUCACCAUCAGACAUUCACCAUGGCGGCGAGAUUGGAAAAGGAGAAUCGCAAGGUACUGCUCGCGAGAUCUCCAGAAAUCAAUACAGUGUUGACGGCAUGAAUGCUGGGGAAGAUGAAGUUGACGAUGUCGCUGUUAUUGGAGCUAUUUAUGCCAAUGGCAAGCCGGCCAAGCCAGACGGAGGCUUCACCAGACACGAUCAGCGGGAUAUGUAUCGUAUGGGCAAGAUCCAGGAGUUCAAGAGAAACUACCGUCCUCUAUCCGCUCUCAGCUUCGCUACUGUCCUGUGUUGUGUAUGGGAGUUCUUGCUAUUAGCAAAUACUCAAGGAUUAACGGACGGAGGAUUGGCAGGUCUCUUUUGGACCUACAUCUGGACAUUUAUUGCUUUCGGUUUCGUGAUUCUAUCACUUGCAGAGAUGGCAUCAAUGGCACCGAUUUCGGGAGGCCAGUAUCAUUGGGUCUCUGAUUAUAUGUCCACAUUAUCUUGGCAAGCUGGCAAUGCCUCUGGAGCUUACCUCACAGGAGGAGUCAUUCAAGCUCUGCUAUCAGAGAACACAAGCUACGACCCAACCGACUUCGAAUUUCAAUGGCAAGGGACCUUGUUUAUUUUCGCGAUGGUGGUUGUUGUAUACUGUGCCAACGUAUACGGAGCGUCUGUCUGGCCCAGAGUCCAAAAUGCGCUCAUGGUCAUUCACGUCCUUGGGUUCCUGGUGGUUAUCAUCGUAAUCUGGGUGAUGGCUCCGCACCGUACAGCUAAAUCGGUAUUCACUGAAUUUUCAAAUGAUGGGGGAUGGAGCUCGAUGGGACUUAGUCUCAUGGUUGGUCAGAUCACCGGGGUUUAUUCCCUGAUUGGCUCCGAUGCCAGUGCCCAUAUGGCCGAGGAAGUCAAAGAUGCCGAAAUAUAUGUCCCUAUUGCAAUAUUUUGGUCAUACACUGGCAACGGGAUAAUUGCAAUCAUCGCACUCGUCAGCUAUCUCUUCGCCAUCCCAAGUGUGGAAGAUGCACUCAACGACCCCUCUUUCUACCCAAUCAUCUAUGUUUUCAGAGAAGCUGGUGGCGUGCCAGUUGUCAACGGUCUCAUCAUAAUCAUCUUCAUUCUCGUAGUCGCAGCCAACGUCUCUUUCAAUGCAUCAACCGCACGUCAAACAUUUGCCUUUGCUCGCGACAGGGGCCUUCCAUCCUCGAACUGGAUCUCGCAUGUCGAUCCUAAAAAGCAGGUUCCCGUUAACGCUAUAACACUCACCUGUGCAAUCACAUGUCUUCUCAGUCUCAUCAACAUCGGAUCCAGCGCUGCCUUUAACGCAGUCAUCUCUCUUCAAGUCGUGGCUCUCAUGAUGACCUACGCAACGUCCAUUGGCUGUGUUCUAUACCGCAGGGUCUAUCACCCCGAGUUGCUUCCGCACGCCAGAUGGUCCCUGGGCAAGUGGGGAGUACCUGUGAAUAUCAUGGGUGUCCCGUGGUGCGCAUACUCGUUCUUCUGGUCUUUCUGGCCAAAUUCUGUACCAAUCAAUCUGGAGAAUUUCAAUUGGGCUGUUGUACUUUGGUUUGCAGUGAUUGCACUCGCUGGAUGUAUGUACCUUAUCACUGGACGCAAGGAGUACUUCGGACCUGUGAAGACAGUGAGGUUUGAGAGACUUGCUGCAAACUAG